GAACAAAAAUUUGAAAAGAAAGGUUAGUUUUAGUAGUCAAUACACCGACUAACAGAUGGCAGCACAAAUAUAGUGUUUGAAGUUUUUAUUGACAAAAAAUGUACGGUGUUUUACAAUAUCGACAGAGGCAUAAGUUUUUUGGGGUGGCCUUGUAGACAGCUGAUGGUUGAUCACGAGUAUUGUUUCAUUAUUUUAUUAGUUGCUGGCUAUGUUUGAUUGAAAUAAUGUUUAUUAUGCGCGCAAUAAAAAUGUUACAUUUAGUUAUAAAAACAACCUAAAGUUUGUAUUUUAUUGUAAAUAAAUAUUAAUGUGAGCAAAAUUGUGUGAAAUUUAAAUAAAUAAUGCAGUCAAUUUAUUGGACUGGCAGAAUUCUGUCUCGUGCUUUGUGGAAUGGUAUAACAAAUAUAUCAUCAGUGGCCGAUUCCCAAAUAAACAAUCCAAAAUCCGAACCGCGUUUAGUGUCUGUAGCAUGUGGUUUCCCCAAAGAGCGUGUGCGUCGAAUGAUUAAGGGACAAUUUGGUGAUGAUGCAUGGUUUUCAGCAAAAUAUAAUACGACAGCUGAUGUUAUGGGUGUUGCUGAUGGUGUAGGUGGUUGGCGAACAUAUGGUAUAGAUCCUGGUGAAUUUUCAUCAUUUUUAAUGCGUACAUGUGAACGUUUAGUAACAAGUGGACAAUUUAAUCCAUGUGAUCCCUCCGAUUUAUUAGCACGAAGCUAUUACGAACUUUUAGAACAUAAAAAACCUAUAUUAGGUAGUAGUACAGCAUGUGUGGUAAUAUUAAAUAAAAAAAAUAAUCGAAUAUAUACGGCAAAUAUUGGCGACAGUGGUUACAUGGUUGUACGUAAAGGUAACAUUAUACGACGUUCAGCGGAACAACAGCAUUAUUUUAAUACCCCAUUUCAAUUAUCAUUACCGCCACCUGGUCAUCAACAGAACGUAUUAAGUGAUCGUCCUGAAUCAGCCGAUACAGAUGAUUUCCCCGUUGAAGAUGGUGAUGUUAUUUUGUUAGCUACAGAUGGUGUAUUUGAUAAUGUACCCGAUGAAGUGUUAGUCAGUGAAUUACGUAAAGCACAAGGUGUACGAAGUGCAACAACUUUACAAACAGUUGCAAAUUGUAUUGCAUUAAUUGCACGUAAAUUAGCAUUUGAUCGUAAUUAUAUGUCACCGUUCGCUCAAAGCGCUCAAGAUAAUGGUAUUAACGCAGUUGGUGGAAAACCAGAUGAUAUAACAGUGCUUUUAGCGACAGUGGCAUUGUGAUGAUUACAACAUUAGAAGAUCUAUUGAAUAUAUACAACUCUUAUUUAAUAAAUAAUAUACUGAGAAUUUUUUUAAAUAAUAAUUUCGCUAAUUUUUAUUCUUUAGAAAUUUCGUUUUUAUGAUUUUUUUUUAUAAAUCUGUUAACAUAAUACGUUUAAUUAUGUAACAGACAGUAAAACAACCGAAACAUAUUCUUUUUUUGUUAAUUUAACCCUUUUCAGCCCGCAUUACUUUUGUAUUUGAUGGAUAAUUUUUAUUCUUAAUCGACGGUAAAAUUUAAACAAUUAAAUAAAGUAAAAAGAUUUACAAAAUUAAUAUCAUAAUAGGAGCCAAUUUAGUCUAUUUUCAACCAUAUGACUACAUAGGGCUAAAAAGGGUUAAAACGAAAAUCACAAUCAGAUCUUAAAAAUGUAUGGUGCUUAUACUUUGUAUUACAAUUUUUGUAUUUAGUUUUUUUUUUCAUAUUAUUUUAACAAAAAAAAAAAAAAAAAAAAAAACAUGUCUGUGUUAAAACCAUUAACAUCAUCACCACGUGAGGUAGAUUAUGGUGGGAGAUCUAUGAUUAUAUAACAUCUUCAUAUGUACAUCAAAAAUGAAUUACACUUUGGAGCUCAUGUUUCUAAAAGAUUUGUAAAAAUAGAAUGCAUAACGUUGUAAUUAGAAUUGAUAUGUCAAAAUGUAUCUUUUAAAACCAUAAUUUAGAGUAAUUAGAAAGGAAAAAUGUGAUUAAACAGUUUUUUGGGGGUAGGGUUUUAAUCUCGAUAACAGCAAAUCAAAUUUUAAUUGGUAUGAAACCAAACAAAUAUUUCGUAAACAAUAUAUAUAUACACUAAGUAUAAAUUUUUAUAAGUUUGUUUAUUUAACGUUAUAUUUUUCUUUAUGGGUAAAAGUGACAAACUUCCUUUCUAUAUAAAAAACUAGAAAAAUUUAAAUUUCUUUGUUCCUAGUUUAGUCCGUUUUGCCACUUUUACUCAACUUUAUUUUGUGAUAGUAUCUUGCAUUUCAAAUUCCUUUCGCCAGAAGAAUCGGUAAUCUGAAUUAAUUUUUAGUCUAUUGUAAAGUUUAAAUCUUCUUAAUCGAUACAUUUGAUAACACCCAACUUUGCAAGUCUUCCGAAAUUCAUAUACCAUUUCCACAAAAUCUUUGUCGCCAAUUUAUUAUACCCUCAACAAUGAUAUCUACAAAGUAAUCCCAUUUAACAGGACAUAAUAUGACAGCAAUUUUGUCAUUUAAUAAUUCAGACACGUAUAACUGACAUUAUCCAUUUCUUCACGCCAUUUUAAUUUAAAGCCUGUGGUUUAGUAUGAAAAUACGAUUAAAACUUUGAGAAUGUUUUUCCUUUAAGAAAGUACUCAACUUCUAAUUAUUACUAUUCAAUUCUAAUUACGGUAUUGAAUUCAAAGAACAAAGAUGCAAUGCUUUUACAAGAUUGAAAAAAAUCCCAAUAAAUUAUGUUAGUGCCUAAGAAAAGACUGCAUCGAUAUUAAAAGGCAUCAUUUAAUUGAUUGCAUAAUAAAAUUUAUCAGUGUGCCAAUUUUAAAAGAAACCAAAAUUUUUUGGGGUUAGUCAUUGGAGAAAAUUGAAGUAGUAUAUAAGUAUACAUUAAAAAUUUUAUUUGAACAUUCAGUACAAAAGUGAUUUUAUGUUUGGUAAUUUUUUUAGGGAUGGAUAUAAAAAAUGAGAUUUCACUGACUUUAGAACAUUUUUCUACGGUUAGUGACAUCACAUUUUCGUUCAAUUAUGUGUUUUUAAUAUGUAGGUGUUUGUUUAUGAGAUGAACUCAUAAAAUUUAAAAAAAAAUUGAAAAAUUUAAAAAGUACAAAAAAAAAAA